AUCAAUGGUACAACAAGAGUACAACAGAGUAUAACAGAAACAGAGUAUGUACAACGUAUAACACCAUCCAACACCAUCUCAGGUCUCAGGCUCGCGUGAGAUGACUGGAUGACUCUGGAUGACUCCUGAUGACUCCUGUCACGGUCGAAUUAUUAACGAGUAUAUAAUGACAUCGACACCGAGGGUUUACGUUUUACAAUUUUGUCUACGACAUUCUUGUUCUUAAAACAGGCCGUGCAUUAUGUCGUAUAUUGUAAACAUUUGAUAACUAGUCCGAAAAUAUUGUGCAGCUUAACGAGAUAAAAGGUAGAGAGAAUGGCUCGACCGAAGCAUAGAAUUAACACGGAUAUAUGCGCAGACUGCGGAGCCCUCGAACCAGGAUGGGCUUCAUUGAAUAGAGCCAUUUUGUUAUGCGAUGAUUGUUGUGGCAUACAUCGUAGUCUUGGCCGUCAUAUAUCCAAUAUAAAGUCACUUCACAAGAGCAUCUGGCAUACAAAUUUACUCAAUAUGGUGCAUACAUUAAAUGAUAAUGGAGCAAACAGUAUUUGGGAACAUUCCCUUUUAGAUCCUAGUAACUCAAAAAUUAGUAGAAGAAAGCCACAAGCUAAAGAUCCAUUGCAUCCAGUAAAGGAUGAUUUUAUUAGGGCGAAACAUCAACAUUUAGCCUUUAUAUUACGUCCAAGUAAGGAGGAAUCCUGUAGCGAAGAGGAAUUAAGUAGGCAGUUACACAGUAGUGUCCGUACAAGUAAUUUAGAAACUUCAUUAAGACUGCUUGCACAAGGUGCUAAUCCAAAUUAUUUUUACAAGGAGAAAGGUACAACACCUUUACAUGUAGCUGCUCGCGCAGGACAAGCUUUGCAGUUAGAACUUUUAAUAGCCAAUGGUGGGAAUCCCAGCAUAAUUGAUUCAAAUGGGCAAACACCUGCUGAAAUUGCUAAAAUGGCAGGGCAUGUAGACUUGUCUGAACGUAUAGUUGAAUGCAUGUAUGAAGUAACAGACAGACUGACAUAUUACAUAUGUUCACGUAAGCCAGAUCAUGGAAUGGAUGAACAUAUAAUUAUUCCUGAAUGUACAUUAUUAUUGGAACAAAGUGACCUAUGCUUAGAAGGAAGGAAUAGAUUACAGUUGUUACCAAAUCAUUUGUUGGAAGAAUUAGCAAUGGACGUAUAUGACGAAGUAGAUCGUCGAGAGAAUGAAGAAAUUUGGUUUGCAACUGCAUCUUCGCCAGAUAGAUGUACAGUACCUUUUCUACCAGUUAAUCCGCAACUUUCUUCUACGAGAAAUCAAGGUAGACAAAAGCUAGCAAGAUUUACACCAAAGGAAUUCGCUACACUUAUUAUAGAUCUGCUCAUUGAAGCUCGUAGAAGACAUAUGGUUACAAGUAAUUCGCCUCUUCAAGAUCCAGCUGUUUCUAUACAUCGUAAAGCACAACUGGGAAAAUACGGAUCGCAAAUGUCUGACGAUGAACCAUUAUACGAUAGCGUUGCUUCUGACGACGAUUCCGCGUUAACAUCGACAGACAAUGCAGUGCCUGAGUAUUCAACGUUACAGUUUAAAAUGGACAACGAGGAAGCCUUUGCACCAUUAGCCAAGGGUCUUCCGUCCGUUGUAGAAGUUCUGAAAAAGCAAUUAACUCUUUCUGAAUCUACCGUCAGAGAUCUUCGCGAGCAGAUACAUACAUUGCAGAAUACCGUAGAAAAACUUACGCAUGAGAAUAACGAGUUAAAAAAAAUGAUUCACAUGAAAGAGUCUACUGAUGGUAUUAUCAAUGGUCAUGUCGGCGGAGAACAAGAACCAGAGUUGGAACCCGUACUGGAUAUAAAAACAUCCCUUAAUAGAAGCAAUCAGCGACCUGCGUCUAUGUAUGAAACAAGAGAAGGUUUACGAAAACCCAGCUCGUGGUCAACGACUAUAUGUCAGACAAAACGAGACCCAGAAACCAUGUCUCGCGGCAACACGCAAAGUCUAUGGGCAUGCGGCGCUCCCAGUCUUCCUCCCAGUGAAGAGGUCACUCGAAGGACUGAACAAGUUACAAGGAGAAUUCAAGAACUCUGGAUGGCUAUGCAAGAUCCGAAGCAACGAGAAGCUUUCGUACCUUGCGCGGAAAGAAUUCGAGUCGCUGUUGCCGAGCUCACGGCUAUAUUUCCUCAAAAUCCCAUCGAAGAAAACAUCAGAUCUGCUUUACGACAACUAAACGGUAACACAGGUAGGCUCCAAGCAGAAUGUUCUGGUCUUCAAAGAUGUACCAGCGACGUUGAGCACAUGGAUCGCUGUCUUCAACAAGUACGUUCGUGUGCUUACGAUAUUGCCAAAGCAACGAAGCUUCUCGUUACUCAAUUUCAAACGUAACAGACUUGAGGGAAAGUAUUACAAUUUAAAUAAUUUUCUACGAUGUGUAUAUAAUUUGUACAGGCACUUGAGAAUCGCAAUACUCAGAAUCAUCACAAACAUUCGAUAAGUAUUCGUUUUACAUUACGUUAAAGCACAUUGUCUAAUAUUCUCUUCUUAUUUUUAUGUAAAUAACGGGAAUAAUUUGAAUGCACGAAACAUUCGUACGGUCCGGUUUAAAAAUACGGAACAUGACAUUUUUUCAAGAUCCCGCUACAUAUUUACGUAAUGUUUAAUAUUUCAUGAAGACUGAAUAGCCACGAACCAAUGAAUUUUUAUUAAUAUGCAAUUUAAGUUUAUGUAUCUGGUUUUAUAAACGUAACCAUUGCUCGUAUAAGCUGGCACGCAAUGAAAAUUCUAAACGUGGUAAUUAUUGCUUCCAUUCGCGCGAUAGGGAAAUAAAUAAUCAGUGCAAUACUAAUUAAAAUUGAUUGCAUGUCAAAUAAUUGUUUACGACAAUUAAAUGUACGGCGAAAAAAAAAAUGUAUUAAUAAAACUAUGUUUGUAUUAGUGAUACGAAUGCAAUAAUACAAUGUUUGUAGAUAAUUAGUUCUAUUGGGAAAUCGAUGUAUAUUAAUUAUCCAGCUUAUAUUAAAGCAUAACAAACGAGUGAGAUAUUCGUCGCCAGUAGAAAGAAAGUAUUUUUUCUAUUAAUUAGUAUGUCUAUACGCUGUACACAGUAACGCAUAAUCAUUUUAACUGUGGUCUACAAGUGAAAUUUUCUUGUUAUAAUGUUGAAGUUAGAAAUAUAUGUUUCAUUGUAUAAUAAAGUUUAAAUACUAUGUCAUCGUUAAUGUACAUUUGAUAAAUUUACUUUUCCGAAAGCUUCUAUAUAUCCAAAGACUAAUAUUUCAUAAUUGUAUGAAAAUAAUCUUAUGUACAUAAUAAUAAUAAUAAUAAUUCAAAAUAUAUACA